CUCUCUCUCUCUCUCGCUCUCUCUCUCUCUCUCUCUCCCGCCCGCCCUUCAAGAAGCAAGCAGGAAAUCACUCUUUUCUCCCGGAUUAUUGACACGUCUGAAGUUACAAAAAGGCAUCGUCAUGAGCUCAAACAGACCAUCAGAUUCAACCGCUGAUGACCAACUCGACCCUGAGGAACAGAAACGUUUGGCAGCAGCUGCCCGUGAAGCUAACCGCCUCCCAGAACUCCGGCUGAUCUUGCUGGGUUGGCGAUGGCCAGGUAAAAGCAUGACCGGCAACACCAUUUUGGGCCGUGAAGAGUUUCGUCUGGAACGUGCCUCCGAAUUCUGUGGGAAGCGUGAAACCAAGGUGGAUCAGCGCAAAGUAACAGUAGUAGACACUCCUGGCUGGUUCUCAUCCCAGACCACACCGGCGGACUACCAGCAGGAAAUGGUCCGAAGCGUAACUUUGUGCCCACCUGGACCCCAUGCAUUCCUGCUGGUCAUACCUGUUGGCAUGUUCACCGAAACAGACCGGGCUCGUAUAGAGGAGAAUGUAGCACUUUUUGGGGAGGAUGUGUGGAAGCACACCAUGCUGGUUUUCAGCUGGGCGGAGGUUUUGAAGGACAGGUCCAUAGAAAGACAUAUACGAAGGGAAGGUCGUGACCUUCAGUGGGUGGUGGACAAGUGUAAGAAGAGGUACCACGUCAUCAAUAACUAUAUUUUUGGUGAACACCCACAACUGCCCCAGCUGAUGGAGAAGGUUGAGAAGAUCGUAGCUGAAGAAGGUGGUUACUUCACCCUUAAGACAGAUGAAACAAAAACACAAAGUCAAACUCAGAGUCUGAAUCUAAACACCAAUUCAUUGAAAGAGAACAGGGAGCUUGGUGCUAGACCCAAACAGAACGGCUCCUGCAACUCACUGCAGGCCACGGACGUGAACCCUCCACAGAGUUUGGUUGAAGGAGUGAGUGAUUAAGGCUGUGAUAACAGUUCCAGUGCUGCUGUAUUCAUUAACUCAAUUCCACUGAACGUAAAUUAUGAAAUACCCAUUACUCACAUAUCAGUCCGCCAGUCUAGGCAGCUUCAGGUUGUAGAGUUUGUAGUCAAAUGUCUUUGUACUAGUGCUGGGCGGUAUACCGGUUCAUACCGAAUAUGUUGAAUGUUU